CCCCCCCCCCCCCUUCCGCUCCCCCGCCGGCCGCCGCUCUCCCCCGCCUCCCCGGCAGCCGGCUCCGCGCGGAGAGGAAACGGCGAGGGAAGCAGGAACUGAGGAGCGAGGCGGCAGCCCGGACCCAGGAGCCUCCCCAGCGCCCGGCAGCCAGCAGCCCGCGCCGGCACCGCCGCCGCCCCGCUCGCCGCUAGGACGCCAGCCCUCUCCUUCCCUCUUCCCGUCGGUGUGUGUGUGCGCGGGCGGGCGUGAGGGCAGGGAGGACUUGUUUUCGGUUUUGUGGUUUUUGGGUUUUUUUGCGUUUUUUUUUUUUUUAGCCCUUUUUUUGCCCGCCCGCUUCUCCCUCCGCUUUAAUAUAUGCUUCUGGAGAGCGACGUCCCCCCGCGCCGCCUCACCGCCCAGCCAUGUCGGCGGCCAUCUCUGCCGCGGAGAAAGUGGAUGGCUUCACACGGAAAUCGGUGCGCAAGGCUCAGAGGCAGAAGCGCUCGCAGGGCUCCUCGCAGUUCCGCAGCCAGAGCAGCCAGGUGGAGCUCUCGCCGCUGCCCCAGCUCAAAGAUGCCACCUUCAAUGAACAGCAAGAUCUGUUUUGCCAGAAGUUGCAACAGUGUUGUGUACUCUUUGACUUCAUGGACUCUGUUUCAGACCUGAAAAGCAAAGAAAUUAAGAGAGCAACACUGAAUGAACUGGUUGAAUACGUUUCAACAAAUCGUGGUGUGAUUGUUGAAUCAGCUUAUGCUGACAUAGUGAAAAUGAUUAGUUCUAAUAUUUUCAGAACACUUCCACCUAGUGAUAACCCGGAUUUUGAUCCAGAAGAAGAUGAACCAACUCUUGAAGCCUCGUGGCCCCACAUACAGCUGGUGUAUGAAUUUUUCCUGAGGUUUUUGGAGAGCCCGGAUUUUCAGCCUAGCAUCGCAAAGCGGUAUAUUGACCAGAAAUUUGUACAGCAGUUGUUGGAGCUCUUUGAUAGUGAAGACCCACGAGAGCGUGAUUUCCUAAAGACAGUUCUUCAUCGAAUUUAUGGAAAAUUCCUCGGUUUAAGAGCAUUCAUCAGGAAACAGAUUAACAACAUUUUCCUCAGGUUUAUAUAUGAAACGGAGCACUUCAAUGGUGUUGCUGAACUUCUUGAGAUAUUAGGAAGUAUUAUCAAUGGUUUUGCACUGCCACUGAAAGCAGAACACAAACAGUUCCUUAUGAAAGUUCUGAUUCCCAUGCAUACUGCAAAGGGAUUAGCUUUGUUUCAUGCACAGCUCGCCUAUUGUGUUGUACAGUUCCUGGAAAAAGAUACAACUUUAACAGAGCCUGUAAUCAGAGGACUGCUGAAAUUUUGGCCAAAAACUUGCAGUCAGAAAGAGGUAAUGUUUUUAGGUGAAAUUGAAGAAAUCUUAGAUGUAAUAGAACCGACACAAUUCAAAAAAAUAGAAGAGCCUUUAUUUAAGCAAAUAUCCAAGUGUGUGUCAAGUUCACAUUUUCAGGUUGCAGAAAGAGCUUUGUACUUCUGGAAUAAUGAAUAUAUUCUUAGCCUGAUUGAGGAGAACAUUGAUAAAAUUCUACCAAUUAUGUUUGGCAGUUUAUACAAGAUCUCCAAAGAACACUGGAAUCCAACUAUUGUGGCACUGGUAUAUAACGUGCUGAAAACCCUGAUGGAAAUGAAUGGCAAGCUUUUUGAUGAACUUACAAGCUCAUACAAAGCAGAAAGGCAAAGAGAGAAAAAGAAAGAAUUGGAACGUGAAGAGUUGUGGAGAAAGCUGGAGGAGUUAAAGCUGAAGAAGGCUAUGGCAGAAAAGCAGAACAGCACUCACAGUGUGCUAAAUGCACACAGUACAAGUGCCAAAUAAAAGAAAUGACCACCUCUACUUGGCAGACAUACUUUUUUGUACCCUUUUGAAAUACAUAAGGAUUUGCAAAAGAAACCUCAUCAGUAUAAUAGAAACAGCCAAUUUUUUCUCUGGCAAAUGUAAAGAUUUGAAUUUAAAUACAGCAGUUAAGUGAUGUCAUUACCACAGCAUAUUGUAAAUUUGUCUAAUUAUUGAUAUACUGUCACUUCCAACGUUUCAUAGAACUGAAUUAUCAUCCUUAAUGAGUGAAAUAAUUACGGGAGUGGUAAGAAUUAUGACUUGAAUUUUUGAUUGUGUUGCACAUAGGUGGUAUAGUUUGCUAUGUACAUUUUUUUUCCUUGUUUUAUAUGUGCUUUUCACAUUGCUGCAUACUUUGGUUAAGAUGAUAGAAAAGGCUUCUCGUUGUGCUGUAUUUUCUCAAAUAAAACCAAGGUACGUUACCAGUAACUUGAGCUAUUCAGUAUGUGCCCCUUACAGCAUUGAAAGGAACUUGGAUAUGGUGCUGUCCUUGAAUUCCCAAUUGGAUUCAGAUUUAGAUUUAUAUAACGCUCACAUUAGAAUGAGGCAAAGUAGGGAGCGACAGUCAGCUUGAACAGGUUGGAGUGGUCCAUGCGACUGACCUACCACUUGGUGAGUGCCUCUACCCCAUUCUCGCUGCCUCUUGGUCCUGGGCUACUUGGAGAUUUCCUCCUGCUGCAGCUGAGGAUGGCGCUUCCUUUAGAGAGCCCAUCAAUGAUGCUCCUCAUCAGCCCAAGGACUCCCUGCAGAGUAGCGCAGGCCUCCGAGAGACUACCUUGGACGUUUCUGCAUUAGUUUUAGCAUCUUGUGGACUGAAGAAUGAGACCAAAAUUGGGAUGAUUGUUUUUUUUAGUAAGGAGGGAAGGAUGUCAAUAAAUAGUUCCUUGUUUUAUUUAAAGAAAAUGCAGUCUGUUUCUUAAAGGUGGAAAGUUGACAAUAGAAGUCUUGUCUGUUUACUUGAUCAAGUAUUUUUCACAUCUUUUAUCAAAGUACCAUUCCAAUCUCUUAAAUUGCAGUUGUGUGGAAAACUUUUGUAAUGAAAGAUCUUUGGGGAAUUGAGCAGCAUUCAAUAAAGUCUUUAUGUUUGUA